UUGAUAAAAAAUAUAUAUAUAUCUUAAACUUUUUGUGAAACAUAUAGAUCUUUGAUACAGACAAUAUAUUUUUUCUUUCAUUAUAUAUUCCAUAACAAUAGUAUGGUGACUUUUUAGCAGUAUAAUAGCAUAUACAUGAAAUAACGUUUGCCAAUGUUUUACUGUAUUUUUUUAAAGGUUUAGACCAGUGCUGCUUAUAACAUCCCAAGGGCAAAAAUCCUACAUCGCAAAAUGAGUACAAGUGAGACAGGAACGAAAGAAUAGCGGAACUACUCUUCAGUUGCAAUUGGCGGCAGCCGGACAGAAAGGUGUGAAUCGCAGUAUCAGUGGCUUUUGUUGGCUGCUCUCAGUGUAGGACGGGCUGGAGGACCGGUCUGGAGAUGGCGAGCAGAAGGAUCACUCAAGAGACGUUCGAUGCCGUGGUGCAGGAAAACAUCUCCGAGUUUGAAAUGGAGCCGGACGAGGCGCUGAAGGAGGCGAUUGAGCAGUUUGAGUCACAAGGGGUGAGCCUUGUUAAUAUAGUGAAGGCAGUCCGGACAGCCUCUUCAGAUGAGAUGAAGGAGGAGCAGACCCAUGAUAUUUUACAGGCCUUAGAGUCUCUACAGACAUUGUUAGACUCCUCGUCCCUGGAUGUGAUGGGGGAACAGCUAGCGCGCUUCACAGAACAGUGCAAGCUAGACUUCUCACACCGCUACCUGGCGGCCCAGAAAGGCGCCUACCCCACGAUCCUCUCGUGCUGCCAGAGGACGGUGGGGGAGCGGGGGCUCCUGCUGAAGGCUCUGGGAGCGCUGGCGGCCCUGACCGACGGGCAGCCGGACCUCCUGGACGCCGACGGGAGGGGGCUGCUGAUCGAGACGCUCCGCGAGAACCGGACCGACCCCUCCGUGACCUCGCUGGCGAUUCGUGUGGCACGCAACUGCUGCCUGAAGCACGAGCAGAACCGGCAGGCCCUUGUGAAGGCUGGGCUGCUGCCCCUGCUGACCGGCGCCAUCGCCAGCCACGGUGCCGAGCCCGAGCUGGUCAGGUUGGCCUGCAGCACGCUCAGGGUUAUGACCUUCGACGAUGACAUCAGGGUCGCCUUCGGACAAGCCCACGAGCACGCCAAGCUGAUCGUGCUGGAGAACGCCGGGCUGAAGGUCAUCAUCGAAGCGGCGAAAGCUCACACAGGCAAUAACAGCGUCCUCAGCGAGCUGUGCGGCACGCUGUCCCGGCUGGCUGUGCGAAACGAGUUCUGCCAGGACAUCGUCGACCUCGGAGGGUUGAAGUUCAUGGCCAACCUCCUCGCGGACAAUCUUGACCAUCAGGAACUUGUGAAGCAGGUUAUGAGCGCCAUCCGAGCCAUCGCAGGAAAUGACGACGUCAAAGACGCCAUCGUCCAGGCAGGAGGGACCGACCUGAUCGUGUUAGCAAUGAACAGACACAUGGGCAACGCGCAGGUUUGUGAGCAGGGGUGUGCAGCCCUGUGCAUGCUCGCUCUGCGUAAACCGGAGAACUGCAAGGCGAUCAUGGAGAACGGGGGCGCGCUGGCAGCACUGCAGGCAAUGAAGGCCCACCCAGGGGAGGUCAAUGUGCAGAAGCAGGCGUGCAUGGUGCUGCGGAACCUGGUGUCUCGGACCAGUGACUACAGCCUGGCCAUCCUGGAGCUGGGUGCAGAGGCGCUGAUCAGCCAGGCCCUGGUGGCUCACCGGGACUGCGGGGACGUGGCCAAGGCUGCUCUGAGAGACCUGGGCUGCAAGGUGGAGCUGCGGGAGCUGUGGACAGGCAAGAAGGGCAGCCUGUCCCAAUGAGCCCCCCAGCCAGCCAGCCCGUCACGUUACUGGGAAAUGCACAAAUACAGUGGAAGGGCUUUUAAAAAAUGUUUUGCCAUUCUCACUCCUUGAGGCAGGUUCGUACUUUAGUCUUGCGACAGUCAUUGAACAGCUGGAGUUGAGCACAGUAAUACUCAACUCCCUUGUAUCUCACACAGUUGCACAACUAGAGAUCAGAAAUCCUCCCUCUUCGACGGUCGCAGGGUUGAAGUAUGAACCGGACUUUACUGCCCCGGCAUCUUGCGUGUGUUCUGCAUAUUGCAGCAUUUCCUGAACUGUUUCGAUAUAUAUGUUAACAGAAUGAGAAAAUGAGGUGAAGCUGCAUUGCAGCAAUACCUAGAUGUGGGGACGCAGCACAAGAGGAACAAUGUUGAUAUUGUGUUAGAAAAAACACAGAGAUUCUGUCUGACACGGAUGGAAGUGUUCUUUUAAUAGAUUUAACACUCUCUU